AUGGUCGCCCCGCCGACUGAGCCCGGCCCGCCCACCGCUGACGUCAGGCGACGUGACACUCAGGCACUUGCCGCAACGCCAUUGGUCAACCGCUUAACGGUGGUCCUUGUCCUGGCCAAUCAGUCCCGCCGCCAUCGUGAUCGGCAGUCAGAGCGACCAAUCACCGCUCGGGAACGAGCGCCCCCAUCUCCCAUUGGGUCAACCUCGCCGAGAUGGGCCCAAUGGGAGCGCCGAAGGGGCGUCUGCCUCCGGUCGGCGAGUCUCGAUUGCCCGGAGCGCGGCAGCUGGGAAAAACAAGACGGAGAAGUCGGCGGCGAGCGGGUAGUGGAUGGUGGCGGCGAGGAGGAGGCGACGGCGGCGGGCGGCGGAGUCGGGGAUGAUCGGGGCGCUGAAAACACCCGUGCAGAGUCGCUCGAAAGUACCUCAGCAGUUCCGUCUACAACAGGUCCAGACUUGAUGCAAGGAAAACCACCGGUCCUGGAGUUCCUCCCAAGCCCACACCACCUUCCAGACCAUCGUGACCUGGUUGUCUUCUGGGACCAGAUGAGUAUUCUGCAGGACUUGAUCCCCAAGUUCUAUUACCAUUGUUACGUGGGCUGCAGUGCCCAUCAUCACUACCUUAUGGUUCCCAUCUCUCCCGUUGCGAAGAUCGCCAGCGCUCGCCCGCUCCGGAGCAGCCCCCGCACCGGCGUCAGCGGCCCGGCCGGCGCCGGGGAGAGGGAGAGGGAGAAGGAGAGGGAGGGGGAGAGGGAGAGAGAGGCGAGGAAACUCCCUCGCCCCGCCCACGGCCGAGUUGCCCGGCAACUAGAUCCGGGUCCGCGAUCGGAAGCAGCUGACACCCACAGGUUACAAUGUAGCGCGGCGGCGGCCACUGGACGCGGCGGGACGCCUGGAGACCCAGAGGUGACGAGGAGCUGCAUCAUCAGAAUAUUUUGGGCUGUUGAACGGCUGCAAGGAACGAAGACUUGCAGAGGGAUCCCUCGGGAGGAGUCAAUGGCUGCCGUCAGGUUUACCCCGGGGAAAGGGGUGAAGCGUAAACGUGCCGAGGAAGAUGGCGCCCUCCCCCCGCCGAUCGCCUUCCGCUGCGAUUCGCUGCUCGACCUGUCGCUACUCAAGCUGCACCAGAGCUGCAUGGUGUCCGAACGCAACCUGCGGCGCUCCGUGCUGAUUGCCAAUGCCCUGCGUCGGCUGCAGGCGGAUGGGGGGCUGCCCGUGGGGCUGCCCGCCCACCAGCCCCAGCCCGUAUCCAAGCCGGAGGCCGCGGACCUGAACAACAACCGGGCUGAGGCCAACUCCAGCCUCCUCUCGGGCAACGACUCCUCGCUCUCCUCCGCCAUCUCCACCAUCCUGCAGGACCUGGACUACAUGGAGGGUCUCGGCCCCAGCCGGGAGCAGCCCGCCCCGGAGGAAGACCAACUCCUACCCCUGAGGCCGGGAUCACCCAAUCCCCGGCCUCUUGACUCCAUCUUCGCCGCCUUCGAGAUUUCCAACUCCGACGCCUUCCUGGUCGACGGCUCCCUGGAUGCCAUCUUCGAGGACAUCGACACCUCCAUGUACGACGCCCAGCCGGGUCUCUCUGCUGGACUCUGGGACCCACUCAAGCCUCCGGCCUCUGCCCCUGCCCCCUGCCCGCUGGCUAAAGCCUCCUGGGACUGCUCUUCAACCAGGACCUCCAACAGUAGGACAGACUUUGCCGAUCUGGAGAGUGUGAUGGACCUGCUGGUUGGAUGAUGCCUUGAAUGGGACUCGUGACUGCUCUGAGACUUUGAUAGGACGCUGGUGGGUCUCAAACCUACCGAGACUGGCACAGUAACUCCUGGGCAGCUCUACCCACCCCUCGGUGCUCCCCAGUCCUGUUUUAUAGUUGUGGGGUGGGGGCGUUGGGCGGGGGUGGGGUGGGAAGACCCUCCAGCCUCCAGAUUCUCCACCACUCCAUUUCUAACUGAAACGUGCCCGGGUUUCGAGUGGGCGGGGGUAUCAGUGGGGAGACUUGUCUUCCAUUAGGCUCUCACCUUGACUUUGAUUGCGGUCUUUUCCCUCUCGGGGUCUGAAGGCAGCUUGCGGAUGCUCACUGGCAGAAGCCGGCACCCAGAGCGAGGUUUGGUGAUGAGCUGGGAAUGAAGCAACACAAGAGGCAUAAAAUACCAGCAUGGAUAGUUUGGGCUGAAUGGCCUUUUUCUUUGCACAGAUACAUCCUUGUUGCUUUUGAAGAAGAGGUUCUUGGUGUGAGCGUGGAGCUGUGGUAAGGAUAUUGGACCCAUAGAACCCGUGCACAGGAGGGGUUGUUGGGCAGGGUUAACGUGUGAUGAGAUGGGACCAUCAACGAUGCUGAGCAAGGUCCUCAUCCCCUCUCUGUAACUCCAAUGAGUUGUCACCCUCCUUUCUAAUGGUUUCCUUUUUCUCUAAUUUCCUUCUCUCUCUGUCUCUGUCUCUGUCUUUUUCUCUUUCACCCUCACUCUCUCCAACCUUCCUCUGCGUCCUGAUGUGGAGCUGGAGACGCUAGUCGGCUCUCGACCUGGGAUCAUCCUCGACCCCUCCUGUUCAUGGGUUCAGAACCCAGCCCAGCACUGCCUGUUCCCGUGUCCCUCAACACUCUGCGUCGAAUGCCUAACUUUUAACUUUUGUACGUGUUAAUAAUAAUGUAUGUUUUAUGCGUGUUAACUAUACGUGUCAAUUACAUGUGCUAGUAUUGAUGUAUAUUUUGGUUCUUUUGCAUGCUUCGGUUACUCCAAAUGGUAUUGAGGAACUCCUGGCCAUUGUCAACCUGAGUGUGGCCGUCCCUCUCACUUGAGUAAUUGGCCCUGGUUUUCCCUUCUGCUGAAGGUUGCCAGGCGUUCCUUUUCUGUGUGGCCCCUUGCUGUGGUGAGCUGUGUUACCCUGAGUCACUGACGGGAGGGGAAGUUUCCCACAGGGGGCUGGCUAUAGCUGGGGGAGGAGGGCUUUUUGGUGUUGAAGUUCACUGGGACCGGGAAGGUUUAACCCCUGUGGGGUUGCCUCCCGCUCUCUGCAGACUCUCCUCUAUGCCCCUUCCUCCUUCAUAGGUAUCUACCCAAACUCUGCCUGUUCUCCUACCAACGCCAGCCCAGUGUUAGUUUACGGUGCUGUACAGUCAUGUACAUGGUCUUCACGGUGUCCCAGCCAUGUUUGAGGUGGGCUGGUGUUGGCCUGUCCCCGGUACACACUGCAGGCAGAGUGUGCUGGUGUUACAGCCGAUUACCAAGUGCAAUCCACCGCAUCUAUUUAUUGAGGCAGGACAAGGCUCUGACCUGGGAGAUCAUCAGGGAUGGGGGAGGGAGGGAGAUUGGGAACAGAACUCCCAGAGCCUGGGAACUGGAUCAUGGUUGCUGUGAUUCAACACUCCAGGUGAAUUCCUGUAAAACUCCAAUAGACCAGCAUUGGACUAUUCAGAAAUCCCGAUGGUUUGGCAUCUGACUCGUCGGGGAAUGUUUUCUUUGAACUUGAUUCACUGGAAAAAUUAUUACACUGCUGUGUCACAUCUUUUCAUGACUUGAAAGUUUGUGUUGGGAUAUUGAUCAGGAAUAACGGAGUUCAAUCAGAUCAGGUUGAGUAUCACUGACUUGUAUGUUGUAAAAUUUGCAGCAGCAAAAUUGUAGAUUGUUCAUGCCCUAAUUUGUUGCUUCUGCCUGUAGAUGUCAGAAUUACAUAAUUACAUUUUACCCUGCUUUUGAGCUUAAACUAAUUUAAGAACAAUAAAUAAGCUUUUGAUGGGU